GAUUCGUCUAAUCCUCUGGAAUUGGAGGAAAAUAUAUUUUUGAAAAAUUUUCGUCUUCCGAAGGCUGCAUUUACGCAUUUGCUCACACUAUUAGAUAGCAAACUGCAAGCUGGCGUUAGUAAAACAUCAGUUCCAAAUAUUUUAAAGUUGGCAGCGACUUUGAGGUUCUGUGCUCAGGGGUCGUAUCAGCUAAGUGUCGGGAACGAAAGUUGUAUUGGGCUUGGCCAAUCUACGGUGUCCAUAAUUUUGGCGGAAGUAUUCAAUGCUUUGGAGGAAUGCGUCUGCAGAGAUUGGAUAAAAAUGCAAAACAGUGAAGAGGAAAAACGAGAAACAAAGUGUUAUUUCUUUGGGAGGAGCGGAAUACCCGGAGUAAUAGGCUGCAUAGACGGUACGCACAUCAAAAUUGUUUCCCCAAAAAAGGAUCAUCAGCAUUUGUAUUACAAUCGGAAAGGAUUUUUCAGCUUGAAUGCAAUGAUAGUUUGCGACAACGCCAUGCGAAUCCGCUAUAUCAACGCGAAGUACCCUGGAGCUACGCAUGAUGCUAAUGUUUUUAAUAUGUCUGCGUUGAAGCAACAAUUAGAAGAAGAGUAUCGUAGUGGCGAGCGAAAUAUGUUAUUAGGUGAUGGAGGGUAUGCCUUACAACCCUAUAUGCUUACGCCAUACCGAAACCCAGAGCCCGGAUCAGCAGAAUGUAUGUUCAACGGUAAACAUUCUCAAGGACGGAAUAUUGUGGAACGCACUAUUGGGGUGCUCAAAAAUCGUUUUAGGUGCUUGUUAGUCGCUGUUUUUUUGCAUCAACUCCACUAAUCGCGCUAGUUGCUUUUUGUUACUAACUACUUUUGAU